GUUCUCCAACGACAAAGGUUUGGAAUUCCGGGAACCCCGGAACUCUCCUCGUUGUUACGCCGUGCUUCCCUCUCGAUCGAUCGAGCCAUGGAUUCCGGGAACCGAGGGCCAAUGCCGGGGCUCUCGCCGGAGGCAGCGGCUCGCUUUGGAGAGGGGAUCAGCAUCGUGCUCGCUCGGUGGACGGCGCUUCAAAUGGCGGUCCAGAACGGGUGGGGUGGGAGAGAAUCUCGCCAAAAGGCCGAUAAGCUUGCCUCUGCCGUUCUUUCUUGGUUCUCCAACGAUAAAGGAUUUGUGAUCUUGAUUCUUUUGCUUAUGAUUUGGAAAAACCUACUGGAUGAGAACAUGGUGCUUUCCUUCAAUACUGAAAUCGAGGAUGGCAGCGUAGAAGAGGUUGCUGAGCAAUUGAUGAUUAUGCAUGAAGACUGUCUGCAAGGAAAUUUUGAAUUAAUUGAUCAAUUGAUCAAUUGAUCAAUUAAAGAACACUGCUUCCAUGAGAACUGCCGCCUCUCAAAGUAG